AUGGACCACACCACUAUAAAUCCAGAAGACAGACUGUUUGAUCAAACCAGCCUGGACUUCGACCAGAGCAAUUUCAUCGAAAUUCCAGAAGAAGGUUUACUCAACUUUUUGAAAGAUCUCUAUGAGCCAUUAGAUACAACUCCUCUACUCCCCUCGAUCCAGAUGGAGGAAGGUGAAGUUGAUGCUGAAAUAUUCUCUCAGGGUUAUCAGCCCAGCAGCUUGUUUGAUGAAAACCCAACUUUAGUAACGGAAGUGAAGAAAUCAUCGGAGGAUUCAUCUCCUACAGAAGUUCUAGAUGAAACUAAGAGAAGUCCUCUUUGUUCAAUGAAGAACACAAGGCCAGACAUAGAGAACAGGAAGGUCUUGAGGCUUGUCAAGAAGUUCUUCUACCAACUGUUCCUAUAUCAUAACGACAAGCUUCAAAAUAGAAGAUUCACUAAUGUCCCAUCUGGAGAGACUUUGCAGGCUCUGGAACAAUUUUCUACGGUGUAUCUUUCUCAAACUCCAACAGAAAGCAUGGCUGAGUUCUUGUUCAAGUUCCUUAACUUAAACUCGUCUGAUGCUUGACAGCUUGACUCCCAAGCAGCGAAGGAUGGCAGAAAAGGAUUUGAGUGCUCACAUAGAUAUCGAAGCUUGAAUUUCCAACGUCUGUGAAAGUCUGAGCAUUUCAGAUACUUGGUAACUUGCUUCAUCGAGUUAAGAAACACUCCUAUGCCAUCAGUAGUAGUCCUACAUAAGGGAUGGGCAUGGGAGAAUCAAUAUCACAUUGGAGUUAAGAAGUUAGAAAUGGUGCUAUCAAGAUUAUUAUACAAGGAAUUGUCUGAAUCAAUUGAGAACAGCCUCAACAAAGUGUAUCAGCAUUGAAUGAAGAUGCCAAUAACCAGUUGCUCAGACUCUAAUCAAUAAUAUGCUAAUAACA